AUAGGGUUUGACCUGCGCAGUAACCGACGUAACUAAAAAGCGAAUGCUGUUUAAAUGAUUUGAAAAUAACACAAAUAUCCGGGAUUUCCGGUGGGAAUAUACGGAAGAGAGGUGUUCUGAGCGCUACGUGGCCAGUCACAGUCUAUGGUGGCCACCUGUGACAGCAGCAUCGGUCGCAGCAGCUCGUGUUGACAGUCUGACAUGAUGGAGUUUGACAGAGCAGAACAUGACAACGAGACGAUAGAGAAAACCAGCGAGAACGGCAUUAACACCGAAACUCACUCCUCAGGCACUGAGGAAGACUGUAAUUCAUGCGAAGAACAUGAAGGACCUCAGAAAUCAUCAUGGAGUUUGGAGAGAAACUGGGGGUUUACUUUAGACGAGCUCUUCAAACUUGCACUGAAAUUCUUUAAAGAGAUGAAUGGGAAGGCGUUCAACCCAGCAUAUGAAGAAAAUCUCCGUUUGGUUGCACUACAUAAACAGAUCACAGUUGGUCCUUAUGAUCCAAACACAUGUCCAGAAAUUGGCUUCUUUGAUGUCCUGGGAAACGACAGAAGAAAAGAAUGGAUACGGCUGGGCAGCAUGGCUAAAGAAGAUGCCAUGGAGGACUUUGUGAAGCUUCUGAACUCCUGUUGUAGUCUGUUUGCACCAUAUGUGACAUCACAUAAGAUUGAGAAGGAGGAACAAGAGAAGAGACGAAAAGAAGAGGAAGAACGUCUCAGGCUGGAGAGAGAAGAGCAAGAGCGACAGCGACUGGAAGAAGAAGCACGGCGUAGAGAGGAAGAAGAGAGGAGGAUAAAAGAGGAGGAACAGAGAAGAAAAGAUGAGGCAGAGAGGUUACAGAUAGAUCGGCAAAAAGAACAGAUUAUGGCUGUUCUGAAUGCACAAACGGCAGUGCAGUUUCAACAGUAUGCCAAAGAGCAGUAUCCAGACAAUCCAGACCAGCAGCAGUUACUCAUCAGACAGCUGCAGGAACAGCACUACCAACAGUACAUGCACCAGGCCCUCCGCUUACAGCAGAUGGCCUUGCAGAAGCAGCCGGACUCAAAUGUGAAUCAAAUGUCAGAAGCUCUUCCUUCUCCUUUGUCAUAUGAAGCUGUAUCCUCCUGCAAUCCCAACAGCCAAUCAAAUUCAUUCGAGAGUCAGGAACAACAGACAGACUCAAAAGCCUUCCAUUUGUGUGUAGAAGACAAAACAGGAGAAGUGCCUAUCAUUGCUUCCUCUAUGUGGACACGGCCUCAAAUUAAGGAGUUUAAGGAAAAGGUGAUGCACGAUCAGGACUCCGUGAUCACAGUGGGCCGAGGGGAGGUGUUGACACUACGGGUGCCCACUCAUCAGGACGGCUCACACCUGUUUUGGGAAUUCGCCACCGAUCACUACGAUAUCGGUUUUGGGCUGUACUUUGAGUGGAAGGACAUGAGCAUGCCAGCAAGCACUGAAACUACUGAAACUAAAGAAGGCACAGAACAAGUUGAAGGAGAGAAGCAGGCAGAACAGGGCAGAUGUCCACUGGUACAUGAGAUUGUUCCUGUUUCCCGUCGUGACAGCCAUGAGGAAGUUUAUGCAGGCAGUCACCAAUAUCCUGGUCAAGGAGUUCAUCUUCUGAAAUUUGACAAUUCCUACUCCCUCUGGAGGUCAAAAGUUGUCUAUUACAGAGUUUAUUACACCAGAUAAACAUCAGCAGAGCAGGUUCUGCAUUUACAGUCCACCUUUGAGCAUGCUCUUUAAGAGAGGCCUAGUGCUCAAGCUUUUGAAUGCAAAGGAAUUUGCAUUGUGCUCUCAAGAUACAUGUAUCCUGCUUUGGAGUCAUGAUCCGUGGGCAUCCUAUGCUUUUUAAUAUAUUUUUACAUACAAGAAGACCAUUUUUCCAAUAUCUUAUGUUUAUUAUGUUGAAUCAAUGAAGGAGUGGUGUAUACUAAUUAUUUUAUUUUAUUGAUGUGAUUGAUUCCAGCACUUUAAAGUUUAAGAUGGAUCCUAAAACAGGUGAUAUUUCACCAUAUUUUUCUUUGGUUUAUAGGACUUUUUUUUUGUGUGUGUGUGGGUGGUUGAAGAGAUCAAACAAAAGAUUAUUUAAUAAUUGUUUCUUUUUAUAUUACGGCCUAAUCUUACUGUAAACAUGAUUGGUCCAUUUUAUAUGUUAAUUAUAACCAGGAUUUGUUAACCUUUUGAGAGGUUUUCUAUAUGGUUGCACAAAAAAAGCGUAUUUGUGCAUACAAGCAAGUCAAGAACUAGUAGUACUAGUACUCCAAAAUGUUGGCUUUCUGGUAAAGGUUCUUAUUGAUAUAUUUUGGUAUACAAUAUUGAUAUAUUAUAAGUGGCAGCUAAUCUUGCAGCUAAGGUAGGGAUUUUUGUCUUUUUAAUUGUCUUUGUAUUUUUUGUAUUGCCCCAUUGAUAUCUGUAGACCUGUGGGACGCAGUGCAAUCAAAUUUUUUAUUUAACAUUGUGUGAGGAGGGUUUAUUUUAUGUGAAAUAAAUGCUUUUAUACCCUUCAUAA